AUUCAAAAGUUAAGCAUGUUCCAUUCCGCAGUACCGAUUCAAACCCAUUCCAAGCGCUGAAAUGUAGUGUAACUCGUUGAUCACGUGUCAAUCCGCCCGCCCAGAUCUCAUCAAAAUGCGUUCGAACGAUCACCAACCGCCGGAGCAUUCGAUUGGGAUGGACUUCCUGCUGGGAGGCUGUGCGGCAACCUGCGCCGGGUUGUUCAGCAAUCCAUUUGACGUCAUAAAAACGCGCCAACAGUUGCAAGGCGAACUAAUGGAUGCGGCGGAAACACAAAGGAAUCCCUACCGUUCGAUCACCAAAUCGUUCCAAUCGAUCCUGAAAGCCGAGGGAAUAUCCGGUCUGCAGAAGGGAUUGGUAUCGGCCUUGGCUUUCCAAUUCACAAUGAACAGUGUCCGACUGGGGAUUUACCAGACGGCGGAGAACUACGAGUGGACACGGGGCGACAGCAAGUUGGGGACGUUGUUAUACUCGAUCUUCUGGGGCGGGUUCAGCGGAGUGAUUGGAGCGACGGUGGCUUGUCCGUUGUAUAUGAUCAAGACGCAGAUCCAGGCCACUUCGCACGGAAGGUACGCCGUUGGGUUCCAGCACAAUCACACGGGGACGGUGGAUGCCCUGGCCGGAAUCUACAGGACCUACGGCAUCAAGGGACUGUGGCGGGGAUAUCCGGGCAUAGUGACUCGUACGGCCGUGGGAUCCUCCGCCCAGUUGGCGACGUUUUCCAACUGCAAGGACUUUUUCGUGCAGUUCGAGUUCUUCCAGCAGUCGGUGGCGUUUACGGCGUUCGCUGCCAGUAUGUUCAGUGGGUUCUUCUGCUGCGUGUUUAUGUCGCCGUUCGAUGUGAUUGCUACCAGGCUGUUUAAUCAAGGCGUCGACGCCAACGGACGGGGUCUACUGUACCGCAGCGUGUUGGACUGCUUCAGCAAAACCCUUCGCGCCGAGGGGCUGCACGGCCUGUACAAGGGCUUCGUGCCCAACUAUUGGCGCAUCGCUCCGCACACGAUCCUGAAUCUUACCUUCUGGGACCAGUUCAAGAGCUGGAAGGAUUUGUAUUACUGAGCCAAGGGAAGCGAACAACAAGAAUCUGGGAGAAUGGAUGGAUUGAAUUGAAAUUUUAUCGCAAAACGGUGCUGUCAAUUUAUGAGUUUUUUUUUUUACUGCUAUAAGCAUGUCGAGCAUACCUAUAUAGUUGAAAAGUGAUAUAGUGCAAACCAA